AUGUUCCACAGCCACGAGCCCGCCGCUGCCCUGCAGCUCAGCGCCAUGCUCGACAGUGACGACCUGACCUCCGUGAGGUCCCCGACCUCCGAGCCCGCCAGCCCGCAGUCUUUCAACUCAGACUCCAGCUGCACCAGCCCGGAGGCCAAGUCUUCCUCCUCCUCCUCCUCCUCCAACAGCCAGCAGAGAGUCAGGAGACCUCUGAACGCCUUCAUCAUCUGGACCAAGGAGGAGCGCAGGAGACUGGCUCAGCUCAACCCGGACCUGGAGAACACCGACCUCAGCAAAAUACUGGGAAAGACCUGGAAGUCCAUGUCUCUGGCUGAGAAGCGUCCGUACAUGCAGGAGGCCGAGCGACUGAGGGUCCAGCACACCAUCGACUACCCCAACUACAAGUACCGGCCCCGCAGGAGGAAGCAGCUGAAGAAGAGCGGUCGACUCCAGAGUCCAGAGGCGUCGUCCACCUUCUGCAACUCCGGCUACAACCUCACCUACCUGCUCCAGAACCAUCAGCACGGCUUUGCCAACGCCCCGCCUCACUUCUCUGCCCUCCACCCCGGCUACACCAACACAUGCCCGGGAGGGUUCUCGGACAGAGCCGCGAUGUACCCGGUCCCCCCCGCCUACCACGCAGACCCGCACUCGUAUUUAACCACCCAGCACCCCCAGCAUGGUUUCCCAGCCCCUGCAGGGGCGCACAUAGACAUGGGCGAGAGCCGGGGGUGUGGUGGGCUCCUCAGCGCCACCGGACCUCCCCUGGAGUUCUAUCUGGACCAGGUUCAGCUGGACAUGCUAUACGACCUGGACCGCAGUGAGUUUGAACAGUACCUGGGUCCUUCAGUGCCUGAGUCGGUGGAUCCCAGCAGCUACCUCCAGCAGAGCAGCCACAGAGAAGAACGCUCGCUGUCAUGA